AAAGUCGUGAGAAAAAAGUAACAAAGCGGGGGAAGUUCUCCACCUUAGCCAGUAACGCUGUCGCUAGACACACAGCAAACAGUUAGUCCCCUUUUUAUUCUCAAGUCGGUCACAUAUAUAAUUGUCGAGAAAUUUUUCUGAAUACUCCUAAAGACAGUUUGGAGUAUCAAAAAAAAAAUAUAGAAAGAAAAAACACUUUUGGAAUUUCUACUGCGGACUCACAAGCUUCAAAUUUGGAUUAAUUAUCUUCGUAUCUUCUAGAAGGAACAACGAAAGAGUAGUUGCUUCAAAUUAAAAUUCAACAAUUUCAGUUCCUGAAAUAAUAAAAAUGAUUUAUUUUAAUAUAAAUAAAUGGAUUUUCAUGAUUUGUAUUAUGCUCUUUAUUGCAAAUGUCCAAUCUAGAGAAACUGUAACUAAUGGAAAAGGUGAUGAAUGUUUAAUAGAAAGAGGGGAUUUCAAUGGAACGGUAGGGAUAAUUAAUUUUGGCGGUUACGUAUUCAUAGGUUACAGUUGCGAGAAAAACUACACACUGAUUGGACACCCUCGAGACAUGUGUUUUGAUAAUUAUGUCCACAAAGUCCUCUUAAAAUUUUGUAAAUUAACAACAACAUUCAACUGUCCCCCGUUUAAGUAUAAAAAUGCCGAAGUUACAUUUUAUAAUAAUGGUAACCUUGCUGAAAUAAACUGCAAUCCAAAUUAUUACUAUAACAAAACGAAUGAAUUGGGGAGGGUUGAUAAAUUUCGUAAUAAUUUUGAACUGAAAUGCGUUAAUGGAAGUUGGACUGAAAAUGAUUUUAAUUCUUGUCAACCGAUAACACUCUAAUUUUACAUGCGUGGCUGAUUUUGAGUGGGAUUACCCAGAAAAUUCUACUACUUGUGAAUUAAGGCAGUAGACGCCCGAUCGCACUUUUCUAUAGAAUUCGAUGAAAUUUAAUAUGAUAACAAUUAAUUUUGAGAUCUAUAUAUUCUAUAUGUAUAAAUAUUUCUACAAUUUAAAAAAAAGAGAAUAAUUAUCACUAAACGCAUAUAUUUAAAAUUUAAAAAUCUUAUAAAAUUUUAGUCAUUUGUAUUUUGUUUGGUGAAAAAGAAAAAUGUACACGAAACAAUUGUAAAUUGAAUUUAAUAAAUGAUAAUAUUAAAACAGUA